UUGUGCCAUUUGAUUUUGACGUGUAACCUGUCGCUUUCCCUUUAUUUACAAAAGAUUGAAUUGAACUAUUUAAAAAUCCUUGCAUUAUGUCUAGCGGUCAAUGGGAAGUUGUUGGAAAAAGCAAAAAGUCGCAGAAUGGGAAAGUCAAAAAUAAGGAGGAAGACAAAAAGUCUUUCAAAAAUGGUCCUAAACUUGAAGACAUCGUUCCACAUUCACAAAUAAAAUCUUUUUAUGCUGGAAUGGAAAUUGAUGAUGAGAAGAAGCCACAAAAAGAGAAAAAGAAGGAUGGAGAAAAAAAAUCAAAGAAAUCUCAGGAUAAAAAGCCAAGUGAACCACCAAAGCCAAAACCACCCAAAACCCUGGAGGGAGCUUUUGAAGCUAUCGACCCCAUAGAGCUGGCUAACAUAAUUGCAACAAAUAAGGUCCGAUUUUCCAACGCACCGCUGGUUUGGUUGAAAGAAGUCGCCAAUUUUUUAAAUUCAAAGACACAGAUUGAUGUUGAAGACCCCACUUUUUCAAAUUAUCCCCCCACAUACCCACUGUCGGCGUUACCUUCGGAGAUUAAGAGCAGUCUCGAAGGUGUACUGCAGGACGCUGGAAAGAUCAAUGCUCAAUUAUUUUUUGAUGUCACCCUCACAGCUUUGGCUAAUGAUAUGAGCAGAGGACAGUCAGUCAAUGGGCACAGGAUUCUUCUGCAAAUACUGGCCAAUGACUAUCCAGAGUUCUGUGUCGCAUCAAUUCAGAAAAGUGCCAGCCUUCGUAACUCUUACCAGAAUAGACCACCCAUAGGACUUUCGUUACUGUGGGCGUUUGGUCAAGGAGGACUAAAUAAUUUUGCAGUAGGUUUAAAAGCCUGGCAGGAACUCUUCCUCCCAAUAAUUGAACUGAAGAAUUACUCCAAAUUUGUUGUGUUAUAUUUAUCGAAACUUCUCGACAAACACGCAAGCGUGGACAGCACAAAAUUAAGCCAGGAACAGCUAUUGGCCAUGUUCGAUCUGGUCAAUAACAAGAGGAAUAGUCUGUCCAAGGAUCUGUCAAGUGACCUUAUCAAGCAAUUAAUUAAAUAUAAGGAUAUAUAUUUCAAUAGAAGCGGCAAUAAGCUACAAGUGACCUUCAACCAGAUUAUGAAGAAACUGCCCAAUCAGUUCCUCAGUGGUAGUACCCUGGACCCCUACAACAGGGUAUUAGUUGAGAGCCUAAUAGACUGUCUACAGAGGGACGACUCCUGCAAUGUCACUUGGAGACAGCUCUUCCAAAAGUGUACGAAGCAAUCGGCUACUCUGCUGGAUUAUAUUAACAGCAACUGGGCGGAAGUUAGUCCAAGACUAAAAUUGAAAUCAUUGAAAAAGACAGCAGCCGAAUACAAGGAGGUGGGAGCUGACGCCCUCAAAGGGAAGAAGAAAGAUGAAACUGUUGUGAAGGCUAACAAGUUAUGCCAGGAUAUUCUAGACAGAAUGACAAGUACUAGAAGGUUCCCGUGGCUAUGGGCCAGCUUCUUCCUGCUCCUGAGCAUCGCUGGGCUGGUGGCUUAUGAUGUUUACACAGUCAAGGGCAACUUCCCAAAGAGUGCGACUGGAAAGCUCAUGAACGACCUUGGUAUCUUGGAGCAGAGUCAGCGAGCAUGGCAGAAAACCCUAUCCACUUCAGCAAGAGGAUACCUUUGGCUGGAAACGAACGCGCCCAUAUAUUACAGUCAAACAGUCGAAGUCUGUAAACCAUACGUCCAAGUUUCCAAGGAUGUGUUUGUGAUUGCUUAUAAAAAAACUGGUGUUCUCUAUGGUAAUGUUAAAGAGUAUGUAAUAGAGAAAACUCCAGUAGUUGUGGGCACCAUAGAGCAGUAUGCACCAGGUCUGGUGGACAACGUGCAGAGUUAUGCAUCCAGUGGAUAUGAGGCGGUGAAGAAAUACUCCAAUGACUAUUACCAGUUGACAGCCGAGUACUUGAAGACUAAAGUUUUUGUUGGUGAAUGGGCUCCAGAAAUACUCCAGAAUAAAACGCAGACGGUGCUCAAUGUGACGAGGACACAGGUGUCAACGUACUUCCAUUGGUUUAGGGAGCAAGUUCACAUAUAUUCGAAGAUACCUUGAAGUGUUAUCUGUAUUAUUCUGUUUUAUUAUGUGUGCCGAUGGAGGAACUUUGAAGUUUAUUCAUAUAAUCUAAUUCACCAUUUUGAGCAAACCUGUCCAUACAACUUUUGUAUAUUUAGUCAUUUCAUACCUUUUUUUCGUGUUAUCACUAAAACUAUUUAAUUCUGCCAUAACGACACUAAUCUUACAUGCUAAAAUAGUUGAAAAUGGUGAAUUGCGAUAUUGUUUUAAUCUUAAAAAUGUAUAAUAAAGAUCUAGUUUGAAGUUGAAAAUUAAUUGAAGUAAAUCGGGGCAAAAUAUUAGGCCUAAAAUUUCAAAAUUAUCAUAAUCAUGGUCACAUUUUUAUAAUUAAUGUUAUUUUAACGAUACGUAAUACACGAUAUCAUGAAACAAGUGGCUAUAGACAAAUAUUAAUGUAUCUAUUGGGCAAUCACUAACAUUUUAUUUACAUUAUUUUUGCAAUUUGAAUUAAUAAAUGAGCUGGCGAUGCACCUGAUGGGAAGAGCUAACUAUUGCCUUUAGACACGAAUGAUGCUUUAACAUCACAUCUUUCAUGUCAGAGAUUAUAACAUAGACGAGUGCGCAAAAAUAGCCUAGCAUUAGGCGUUACGUUAUAAUAGUAAAAAGCAUAGUAUUUUAAUAAAAAUGAGAUUAGAUGAUAUAUUUUCUGUGUAUAGGAGCGUACACAUGAAAUAUAUAUUCCUGUGCAUACAAAAGUAUACACAGACAAUGUAUAUUUCUGUGUGUAUAAAGAGGAUAAUUUUACAUUUUUAUGGUCGAAGUGGUUAGUAAUUGUAGAAUAGAAUCCAUUUCAUCAUAUCUAGCCUCUCGGGACGGAUCUCAUGUUGUUAUGUUUUAUAAGCCUACAAAUGUAUCUUUAUUGUGGUUAAUCAUUAUGAUCCAUCAUUCAUGCACAAAUUAUUUAUUACUUUAAUCCUCCAUCAACACAUGGCCCAAGAUCAAUUCAUCAAUUUAAAUAUUUUUAUUAUUUACAAAAAAUAAAUAAAUAAAUGAAUAAAUCGAGUACAAUAAAUAUUAUAACGAAUUUUUAUCAGACGCAAUAAUUUCGAUCAUAUCAUUGUGUGAAUCAAAUUAUAUUUUUACAUAACGCCAUGACAAUGUGUAAAUUUUAAGUAUUACUCUUAUAUUGGUAAAGAAAUAGCACCUAUGUAUUUGAUUAAAUUGACAUUCCUGUUUAUGCAUUUAUGUGGAAUAUUUUUUAUGCCAAGUUACCUUUCAUCGUCGCCCAAAUAUAAAAUUUCAUUUAACAUUGUUCUUUAUAUAUAGGCAUAGUUGUAAGUUUUUGUAGUAUAUUUAUUUUGUGUUGAUGAAAGAUCGUGUGUUAAUACAAAAUUAAAUCUGGUACGAGGACUGAAUUUUA